AGAGGAUACGAGGGCUGCACCCUGGUUACAAACGUGCAGUGAAGCCCAGCGAGCCACCAGGACGGGCAUGGAUGUGGAGCACAGCUUCUGACACUGCCUGAAGUAGAAGAGAGGAAAGCCGCCAUGUCUGAGAAGAAGCCCCGGGGGGCAGACGCCCGCCCCAAAUCUGGCGGCCGGAGCUGGAGCGCAGACAGCUACAUUUGGCGGGGAAAGAAGCGUUCCCGGAGCUCCUGCAAUAGUUCGAGCCCGAGCGGGCUGGAGGGCGGUGGGACGGACGAGCUGGGGGUGCGGUCUGCUUCCUGUCCUAGAAGGCGCAGAGAGAGGAAGUGCAGCUGCAGCGCUCUGGGGGACGCUCUGUCAGCCGGAGACAUGGAUGGAGUUUGCCGCAAGGCCCUGUCCCGGCGCUCCCUGCGGCAGAAGUUUCAGGAUGCUGUGGCCCAGUGUCUGCCGCUGCGCUCUCACCACCACCAUUAUCACCACCCCCCCGGCUCCUCCCGGCCGCUGUCCGUGCUCUUUUGGUCCAAACGCAAGAUCCACGUCUCUGAGUUGAUGCAAGAAAGGUGUCCAUUCUCACCCAAGUCUGAACUGGCCAGAUGCUGGCAUCUCAUCAAAAACCAGGCCUCGCACCCGCGAGCGCUCAGUGACCUGGAGGCUCCUCUCAAGCCCAGCCUGUCAUCUUCUACCUCCUCCCCAGAAACACCUCUAUCCUGGGAGGACAUCUGCUCCCCAGGGCCUGGCAGCACCCCCCUGAAGGAUUGGGACCCCUCCUGCGGUACAGACAGCAGUGCUAGCUGUGCUCACGGCGAUUACCUCCUGGUCCCUGAUCUCCUGCAGAUCAACAACAGCUCAUGUUACUGGGGCGUGCUGAACCGCUUCGAAGCAGAGGAGCUGCUGGAGGGUCAACCGGAGGGCACGUUUCUGCUGCGGGACUCCGCCCAGGACGAGUUUCUCUUCUCAGUUAGCUUCCGCAGAUACAGCCGGUCCCUGCAUGCACGCAUUGAGCAGAAUGGGAUGCGCUUCAGCUUUGACGUGCGCGACCCGUGCAUGUACAGGGACCCCAGUGUGACGGGCCUGCUGAGCCACUACAGCGACCCGGCCACCUGCCUCUUCUUUGAACCCCUGCUGUCCCGGCCGCUGCCGAGGCCUUUCCCUUUCCCCCUGCAGCACCUGUGCAGGGCUGUGAUCUGCAGCUGCACCACCUACCAGGGCGUCGAUCACCUGCCACUGCCACCUCAGCUCAGGGACUAUCUCAGGCAGUACCACAUCAGGUGCGAUGGCGCCUGCUCCCAGUGACACCAGCCAAUCACCAGAGGGGACCCUCUCUAACAUCUAUCACACUCUAGAGAAGAGACAGAAGGAACCUGAGUCUGUGCGGAUUCUGCUCUUCUGAGCCGUUGUGGACGAUGAGAAACCUGGGCGGAGGUUCUCUGACGCUUCACUCUGCAUCAGAAAACACAGAGACACUUUAACGUCCUCAGUGACGGUAGAUCUCCCACUCACUGAGGAUUGUUGUCCGUUAAAACCUGUCAAAAAAAGAACUUUAUUCACGUUUGAAUAGAAACCUGCACCUUUGAUUUUAUCUGACCAAAUCUUCCACUAUGUUCAUAAAAAAAACUAAAACUUCUCUGUCUUCCUGCCCUUUUGUGUUUCUAUUCAACUCAUUAGUAGUUAAUUUACAUUUGUAUUCAUCCUGAAACUACUUUUUGCUUUUGAAAUCACUUUAUUUUACAUAAUUUGUUAUUUUUCG